AUGGCGCCGAUCAAGUGCACCAGCGUUGUCUUGAUCAGCGUCGUGGCGGUCGUCAUGGCCUUUUUCGCGUACGUGGAUCAACCAUCGCAUUGGGUAUACGACCCCGUACGCCUGCAACAAAUUGCGCAGCAGAGCAUUGCCAACGCCAAUGCGGCAAACGGGGACAAGGCGACGGCGAAGCAGGUAACAGAGGAGACGAUUCGUCUGAUCCUGGAGAACUACCCGAAAACGACGCGAUACACAGGUCGCUGGCUCUGGAACAACGCAGGCGGGGCUAUGGGAUCAAUGACGGUGCUGCACUGCUCCUUCUCAGAGUACCUGAUUAUCUUCGGCUCCUCUGUCGGCACGGAGGGGCACACGGGUCGCUUCUUCUGGGCUGACGACUUCUUCAACAUUCUCGUUGGCGAGCAGUGGGCAGCGCUGCCUGGAGUGGAAGAGAAGGAGGUUUACCGCCCGGGAGAUCAGCACAUCUUGCUACGCGGCACAGCAAAGCAGUACCGCAUGCCCGAAGAGUGCUGGGCUCUCGAGUACGCCCGCGGCAACAUCGUAUCGAUGCUUUUCUUCGGCUUCGCUGACAUGUUCAGCUCGACGCUGGAUGUGCUGACCAUCUACCAGACGGUGAUAGAAAGCGCCGGCAACAUGAUUACGAAUACCUUGAUGGGCAAAAUCUGA